AUGAAUAGUCAUGAUAAAGUUAUAGGUGUAAAGACAAGAUCUAUGAAAGUAUGUGAGUAGGAGCUUGAUAUGAAAGUAAAACGAGUUUAUUGUCAUAUAUCAAAAGAGAAGAAAACUUAGUUGAUUCAAACUGUACUGAAAUAAAAAUGUAAAAUUAAGAAAGUAAGAUUUUCUAAGAGUUUCAGAUAGCAAAAGACCUUAAUAUUAACUAUGCGACUGCUAAAACAAUACUACAUUGUCAUAAGAAAAAAGAAAUUAAUUUUGAUGAAUAGUCAGAGUCAAAAAGGGCUAGUUAUAGAUAAAUCAAGAAUGACUCUAGAUUAUAUGUUUAAAUUAAAGAAGGAGAAAAAAUAAUAAAUCAGUAUGAGUAUUUUGAUGCAAUCAAAAGAAACUCAUGA